GCUAGAUAUAUUAAUAAGUUUUCUUUCUCUUUCAUGUCAUAGUUUUCUGUUCUGCAGUUUUCCAUGGAGUUCCACCUCCUACCCAUCCUUGCAUUUCUUUCUUUGACGUUGGUGGCAAGUCAUGCAACUCUAUCUCCUGAAGCAUACUGGAAUUCGGUUCUGCCAAACUCUCCUAUGCCUAAGGCUGUCAAGGAUCUUUUACACCCUGAAUGGAUGGAAGAUAAGAGCACCUCAGUCGGGGUAGGGAAGGGCGGCGUAAGUGUCGAUGCAGGGAAAGGAAAGCCCGGUGGCACUAGUUUUGGUGUUGGGAAAGGAGAUGCCUUAGUUUACAAACACGCUGCUACUGCAGAUCAACUCCAUGAUAAUGCCAACAUCGCUCUUUUCUUCCUGGAAAAUGACUUGAAAAAAUACACAAAAAUGACAUUGCACUUCACUAAAACCACCACAUCAACAACUUUCUUGCCUCGCCAGGUUGCCGAGAAAAUACCCUUUUCAUCCAAGAAAAUGCCACAAAUUCUUGACUACUUCUCAGUGAAACCCAACUCCAUGGAAGCCAAGACAAUCGAGCAAACAAUCAAAGAAUGCGAAGAGCCUGGAAUCAAAGGAGAAGAGAAAUAUUGCGCAACUUCACUGGAGUCCAUGGUCGAUUUCUGUCGUAUCAGGCUUGGGAAAAGUAUCCAAGCAAUCUCCACAGAAGUCAAAAAAGAAACCCCUUUGCAAACAUACACUAUUGAAGGAGUGAAGAAGAUGGCAAGCGAUGCAACCGUAGUGUGCCAUAAGCAAAACUACGCGUACACGGUGUUUUAUUGCCACAAGACACAAACCACAAAGGCGUACAAGGUUUCAAUGGUAGGCGUCGAUGGAGCGAAAGCAGAAGCAGUUGCAGUGUGCCAUACCGACACAUCGGGUUGGAAUCCGAAACACUUGGCCUUUCAAGUGCUCAAGGUCAAGCCAGGGACUGUUCCAAUUUGCCAUUUCCUUCCUGAGGAUCAUAUAGUUUGGGUUCGUAACUAAGAUUGAUCUUUGCAAAAAAGAGUCAUCACUACUUGUUUAA